UUCUGUUCCCGUCCAUGCUUAUAAAGACCAACCAACCACUACUCGUGACCAACGCGCGCGGUGUCCCUCACUGCGCGCGUGUCGGGGCGGGAACCGAGAGAGCUGGAGAGAAGAGACUAGGGACAAACCAACAGUCAAUAUAUUUAUACCAGAAAAGAGGAGACAGCGACUUGAGGACCCCACAAUCGUGCGGAUCGUGAAGCAGCAUUUGACCCACUGUUGCCCAUCCACUUACAAGUACCCUUAAGGAGACGAGACGAGUUGCCAUGGAAACUGUUCUGUUCUUCCUUGUUUCCCUCCUAGUCUAUGUGGCGGCUUUGUCUGAAUCUGCUGUUCAAGAUGGAAAAGAAAAUGGAUUGGAACCAUUUGUAUACGACUAUGAGAGUUUGAGGAUCGGGGGUUUGGCGUUUGCUGUGGUGCUGUUUGCUCUGGGAGUGCUCCUUAUUCUCAGCCGCAGAUGCCGCUGCAGUAUCAACCAGAAGCCCAGGGCUCCGGGAGAUGAAGAAGCUCAAGCAGAGAACCUCAUGGUCUCCAAGGCCAAGGAGACCCCUAAAACAGAGAACUGAAACAAUCCAGUGCUGUUGAAGACAUAGCUGUGGCUGAACGACUUCACUGAUGCUGCGGAUGAUGAUGAAGCUGAUUCCAGACCAUGGCUAUGAGAGGAUAGAGAGGAGACAGAGAUUUGUGGGGGGAGGCGACGAUGACUUGGAAUUUUAAUGGGCCAGUGUCUUGUACGUAGACCUAUAGUCCUGUCACGUGAACAGUAACCGUAACCGUCUUUUCGUCUGUGCCCUUUUGCAACAGUCCGUCUUGAGCGAGUUGUUUUAGCAAAACUAGCCACUUUCUGCAGAUCAUUCUUAACAUUUUUGGCUCCUCCCCAAUCAAACUUGUGUGUGCGGUUAAAAGGAACAGUUCACCCAAAAAUGAAUAUUCUCAUUUCAUUCCAAACCUGUAUGCAGUUAUUUAUUUAUUUUUAUGUUGAACACAAAAAGAGAUAAU